AUGGCAAGUUCGCAAGCAAAGAGUGAACCAAUGGAUACGAAUUCGUCCGCGGAAGCAUCUAAUUUCGAUCCUGUGAAUUUGGAAUCAGAAAUACUUCAACUAUGUCUACAAUUUCCCAAUGGUGUGACUGAUAAGAUUCUCGAGAAUUCAUUUCGUAGUGUAACUAUGCAACAACGUGUGAGCGCAUUGAAUCGUCUGCUAUCACUGAAUAAGAUUGAUUUAUUGAAAUCAGCAACUGAAUCGGGUACAUUCCUUUAUCGUAUACGCGAUACGACAAGUGCGUCGGGUUCAUCAAUAUCUGUUGGAGGUACAACGACUGAUCAGAUGGAACGGGUAGUGUAUCAAUUGGUUAAAGAAAGUGGAACUCUAGGCAUCUGGAUGCGUGACAUACGAACAAAAACGAAAUUAUCUCAAACAAUAUUGAACAAAACAUUGAAAUCAUUAGAAAGUAAAAAACUAAUCAAAGCAGUCAAAUCGGUCCACGCAAGUAAGAAGAAGGUAUACAUGCUGUAUGAAAUGACACCUGAUCCAUCGAUCACAGGUGGUACUUGGUAUUCUGAUCAUGAAUUCGAAGCGGAAUUUGUUCGUGUAUUGAAUGAACAAUGUGCUCGAUUAUUAGACGAACGUUUAGAAGAAUCGAUAAAAAAGUUUCCAAACGAUCCAUUCCUUCGGCGAACGAGUGCGUUCAUGUCCAGUAACGAACUUGUCGCUCUUAUUAAUGAAAUGGGAAUCGCUACUGUCUCGUUGACUGUACAAGAUAUUGAAUCGAUAUUGAACACAUUGAUUUAUGACGGAAAAAUUGAAAAGACAACAGUGGCAUCGACAACAACGACUGCUGAAGGCGGUGCUAAACAACAUUUAUACAGAUCGGUUGUUGCUAUACUCGAGUCUUCGCCAGUUGUCAGAAAUCCAUGUGGGAUCUGUCCCGUUUUUAAAGAUUGUCAUGAUGAUGGUUUAAUCACACCAGAAACGUGUAUUUAUCUAAAUAAAUGGUUGGAUUUUUGA